AUGUCAUCUGACUUUGCGUCCGAAGUCUCGCAGAUCAUUAACUCCAAUAGUGCAACGCUCGCAACGGCAGCGUUGAUAUUCUAUGAUCACUUGAUUACACUUGACCAAGAAGUCCGCACUGUGUGGCAGCAGUCGUUCUCGAUUGUUUCCCUUCUUAUCGUGUUUACCCGAUGGACGCUACUUAUGCAGGCGGUAUUCGCCUUCAUCCCACAAGGACUAGUGAGGUAUGUCUCGCCCAGUAACUGGAUUAACGAAGCCCCCUCGCUCGUGGCGUUCGUACAGACUGCUGUCUUCUCUGCACUGCGCGUGUGUGCAAUAUGGAAUCGUAACUACGUCUUGUUCAUAAUUGUGCUUGUCCUGAGUCUCCCACCUGUGGUCACCAACACUUAUGCCAUUUUUAAUGGCUAUUUAGAAUAUUUUCCUUCACCAAUCGAUGCAUGCAUCGAGUUCCCCAACUACUCGGAUGAAGUGGACCACAUCUGUACGUUCUCACUGCUGCUCCUCUUCACUCGCAUUCCGUUGAUUGUUGCAGACGUGCUCAUCCUAAUAUUGACAUGGAUGAAGACUCAUCGCCAGUACAGAGAAGCAAAAUUAUUAAACAUCAAGUCUCCGCUCGCCACAUGUCUUAUUCGUGACGGCACAAUAUACUUCUUCAUCCUCCUGGUUCUGAAUGCCUCUCAGAUUCUGUCCUUUUACCUCACUUCCAUAAGCAUUGUCACUGCAUUCACAAGUACAUUGCCACAAAUGUUAAUUUGCCGAUUCAUGAUGAAUCUGCGGCUGCUCAACCUCGGCAGUUCCACUUCCUCCGAAGUCGGGAUGUCCCAGCAGCUAGCUUCGUUGCGCACGCUGGUAUUUAACAACGACGCACCACCGAGUUUCAUGGGAAAUAUGGGUGAACCACUGGACUACGACCAGGAUGUCAGUGAGGACGACGAUGCGAGUGUCGGAGGCGAAGAGCCUUAG